CAUGUUCGAAAUUCAAUUUUCUAAAAAUAUUCUCCUUUUUUGUCAUCGAGUCCUUGUAGUUUUCUGCUUCUCUUGUCCUUCCUUCUCUCUCUCUCUCCCUCCCUUUCUCCCACACACAGCUGCUGUGUGUGUUUUUUUCCUUCCUUUCAAACUUCAGAAAACUUUAGGGACUUGUUUUGUCGAAGAGACGUUUUCGGUAGCUCUGAAAGCCAAAGAGGUUUUGUGUUUUUAAUUAUAGCAGGGUAGUUAAGUUCACACCUUCAAAGGCUUUCUCUGACGUCUGUCCUUUUUUCCCCCCCUCUCCUCUUUAAAACGGAUUACUCUUCGCAAAAGAUGUGUUCUGGUAGGCCGAGCCUAUAGGCUAGCGUUUUUCAUUGUGUUUGUAUUAAAUCCAGUUCCAACUCUGUGCUGGAGACAGUCGGUCUUUGUCGUGGGAUGAUUUUAUUUUCCUAAAGCAGCUUCAAGGGCUUGAUUUGAACCUUUGGAUGGCAGCUCUGCAUCUUGACUCGAGGCUGUAAGAAAAGAAUAAAAUCUGACCUGAUCUCUUAUAGCUAUCAUGGGAAAGGAGCUGGAGAGUCACUUUAAAAGAAAGCACUAGCGGUCCUCACUGAAGCUCCAAGACAAACCACAAGAAUUCAAAGCAGCACUUGGAGUUUCUCUCUGAAUCAUUGGAUACCAGACGAGCAUGAGGAACUGUUCCCUUUAUUACCUUACCGAGUGCAUAAAUGCCACCGUCAGGCAGCGCGUGAGGAGGUGAAAGCUCGUCUCCGACAGAAGAGCGGCUCGUUCACCUGGUGAACACAGAGCGCCAGAAGCGCAGCCUACGCACUUUGGGUUUGUCCCAUCGCUAGAGACGCGCUCAGUGCGCUCCCUCCCCGAGGACGUCGAGCGGACCGGCCGUUAUACAGCAGCGCGUCCGAGCCCCUCAUCUGUCACUCAGCCAUGUGGUUCGUCAAUCUAGCGUUGCUCGUUCUCAAGCUGUCCGUGUCUGCGGAGGGAUUCUCCACGUGCCAGUCCUACAACUUGGACGACCACAAAUCGAAAAGGAUCGAGGCGGUGCGCGGGCAGAUUUUGAGCAAGCUGCGCAUCCGGAGUCCUCCCGAGCCCGAAGCCAGCCCGCCGCCCGAGUCGGUGCCGGUGGAGGUGAUGCUGCUUUACAACAGCACGAAGGAGCUGCUGAAGGAGCGCGCGCGCCAGGCCGAAGCCGCGUGCGAGCGGGAGAGCAGCGAAGAGGACUAUUACGCCAAAGAGGUGCAGCGGAUCAAUAUGAGGCCACUGCGCACAGACACGAACUCAAUCAACCAGGUUCCUCAAAGCCCAUACUUCAGGAUAGUGAGCUUUGACGUCACCAACGUGGAGCGAAAUUCCAGUACUUUGGUCAAAGCAGAGUUUCGCAUCUUCAGAGCGCCAAACCCACAGGCGCGCACCACAGAGCAGCGUGUGGAAAUAUACCAGGUUCUCAAAUCUGACGGCGUGACAGCACCGUCUCAGAGGUACAUCGACUCCAGAACAGUUGAGCCUCGAGCCAAGGGGGCAUGGCUUUCUGUCGACGUCACUGAGACUGUGAAGGAGUGGAUGGCGUUCAGAGAGAGAAAUCAUGGACUGAAGAUCAGCGUUCACUGUCCUUGCUGUACGUUCGUCCCUUCCACAAACAAUAUCGUCCCUAACAAGAGUGAAGAGUUGGAAGCCAGAUUUGCAGGCAUUGAUGACGACCUUAUAAAGCAGAACAGAAGACCAGGCAUGACUAAAGGACAGAUUGAAUUCAGCACAAAAACUCCCCACUUAAUACUAACUCUGCUGCCCACCGACCGUCUGGACAGUCCCAUCAAGAAAAACCGCAAGAAAAGAUCAGCAGCCGACACAUCCAUAUGCUCCCGGACUGAUCAGGGCUGCUGCCUGAGGUCUCUGUAUAUCGAUUUUCGUCGGGACUUGAACUGGAAGUGGAUCCAUGAGCCAAAAGGGUACAAAGCUAAUUUCUGUGCGGGGAACUGUCCUUACCUAUGGAGCGCAGACAACCACUACAACAUGAUUCUCCCGCUGUAUAAUAAAAUGAAUCCAGAAGCAUCAGCAUCUCCGUGUUGUGUUCCUCAGGACCUGGAGCCCCUUACCAUCGUUUAUUUCCUUGGACGAACCCCCCGUGUGGAACAGCUCUCCAACAUGGUGGUCCGGUCCUGCAAGUGCCGUUGAUGCAGUGGAGAGAGAAGACAGAGAUCUCAGAUGGAGAACAGAAAUCAGGUGGAUUAGAGGAGAGCAAACUAACAUCUCAAUGAACGACAUCUUAAAGGGAUACUACACCCAGAAAUGAUAAUUGUCCACAUUUACUCACCCUCACGUCGUUCCAAAAUUGUAUGCAUUUCGUUCUUCUGACAAACAUCAAAUAUUCUGAAGAACGUCUCGUUGACAAUGGCUUUUUUUUUUUUCCGGGUGAUUUAUACCUACAAUCAUGUGGUUUGAGGAAUAGCGUAUAAUCAUACAUCAAGCAUCUUCAAUACAGGAGCGAUAAGCGUCUCCUGCAUUGGUCAUAGUCUAAUAAAUAAGCUUUUUUGACUAAUAUCUCCUCGCAUUUUCAGUAUCGCAUCAGUGACACACAAAAUACACACCAGCAGUACAUGUUUUUUUAGAUUUUGUACGAAGUUUACUGUAGAUCGGUUUAUAUUUUUGCAAGUGUAAAUAGUUUUGGUGAUGUUUAUAUGUGUUUAUUUGCUAAAUACAAUAAAUUUUGAUUAGAUAAUAGUAUUA